AUGUCUAUUAGAGCCCAGGAGAGUCCGAUAACCACGGUCUAUAAAAGCCAGAAACGAGAUGAAGACCAGCCCACAACGUCUGACGAGUCAUCUCCAAUUUCUGGCGAAUGGAAUCACCCGCGGUCCAAUAUAGCAAAGACACUGGCAACAUUCUGGAGCUUCCUAAUUAUGGGAGCCAAUGACUCCGCAUACGGCCUCGAAACAUACUACAACCUCUCCUACACAAUCGUCUCAUUAGUCUUCCUCUCCCCAUUACUCGGCUACGCCACCGCUGCAAUCGUCAAUGAACGCGCACACUGCGCUAUAGGCCGACGAGGCGUGGCCUUCGUGUCCUCCUCCUGUCACCUAGUAGCUUACAUCUUGAACUGCGUGCACCCCCCGUACCCGGUUCUCGUUGUCUCGUUCAUCUUCGCGGGUCUGGGGAAUGGGCUUGCGGACUCGGCGUGGAACGCCUGGAUUGGAAACUUGCAUAAUGCGAACCAGUUGCUGGGUCUGCUGCAUGGGUUUUAUGGUGUUGGUGCGGUUGUGAGUCCGCUUAUUGCUUCGCUGAUGGUUGCUCAUGCGGGCUUGCCGUGGUUUUAUUUUUAUUAUAUCAUGAUCGGAGGUGCAGCAAUCGAGAUCAUUUUCUGCGUGGCGUGUUUCUGGGAUUCAACUGGCCCUUCAUUCCAACUCGAGAAGAAGGAACAUCCCGGUGACAGCAAGGAAGCAGGCUUAAGCAAGGUCCUCUUCACAAUGCCUACUGCCCGGAUCACCUGGCUUUGCGCUUUCUUCUUGCUCGGAUACGUCGGAGUCGAAGUAGCCCUCGGUGGAUGGGUUGUGAAUUUCAUGAAAGAGGUGCGCCAUGCUGCGCCAUUUCCUAGUAGUAUGACAUCUACGGGAUUUUGGCUCGGUAUCACCACCGGCCGAAUUAUCCUUGGUUUCGUGACUCCUUUGAUUGGUGAGAAGAUCGCCAUCACGGUUUACAUAUGUCUCCACAUAGGAUUUUGCCUCAUCCUUUACUUGGUUCCGAACUUCUACGCUGGUGCUGUCGCAGUAUCACUGCAGGGCUUCUUUCUGGGUCCGUUAUUUCCUGCUGUGGUGGUCGUUACCACCAAACUCCUGCCGAAACAUCUGCAUGUCAGCGCUAUUGGGUUUGCGGCGGCUUUUGGGGGCGGCGGUGCCGCUGUUCUUCCGUUCAUUGUCGGUGUCCUGGCGCAGGCUAAGGGGGUUGAGGUCCUCAUGCCGUUUGUUAUUGCGCUCUCGGGCGCUAUCUUGAUUCUUUGGAAUUUCCUUCCGCGUAUUCCUAAAGAUGGUAGGCCGUCUGCUGACACCGCUGAAAGUUGUUAG